AUGGGCUUCACCGACUUCGUCUCCGGCGCCGGCCUCACCCUCCUGAACAACUGGGUCAAGACUCGCAGCUACAUCGUUGGCUACUCCCCAUCGCAGGCCGAUGUCAAGGUCUUCCAGCAGCUGAAGACGCCGCCGGCGCCCGAGAACUACCCCUAUGCCUGGCGCUGGUACAACCACAUACUCACCUUCGAGCCCGAGUUCUCCACCCUUCCCGGUGACCCAACCAAGGAGUACACCGCCUACGGCCCCGAGUCGGCCGAGCUCACCGUCAACCCGGCCAAGGCUCCCGCCGCUGCGGAGGAUGACGACGACGACGUCGACCUGUUCGGCAGCGACGACGAGGAGGAGGAUGCCGAGGCCGAGAGGUUAAAGGCAGAGCGCCUGGCCGAGUACAACAAGAAGAAGGCCGGCAAGGUCAAGCCCGCGGCCAAGUCCCUCGUCACCAUGGACGUCAAGCCUUGGGAUGACGAGACCGAUCUGGAGCAGUUGAAGGCCAACGUCUUGGCCAUCCAGCAGGAUGGGCUUGUCUGGGGAGCUUCCAAGUUCGUUGCCGUCGGUUUCGGUAUCAAGAAGCUGCAGAUCAACUUGGUCGUCGAGGACGAGAAGGUGUCCACGGACGAGCUGCAGCAGAAGAUCGAGGAGGACGAGGACCAUGUGCAGUCGACCGACAUUGUUGCCAUGCAAAAGUUGUAG